AUGUCAGAGCCAGGCCCCGAGUCUAUCCCUACAAGCGCAGAUCCGCGCAGCAAGAGACCCGUCAAACGUCGCGCAGUCACCCCGCUCAGCGAGCAAGCAUCGCAAAUCGAGCAUCUCUUCCGCGACCCAAAUAAAGAAAUAAAAAUCCCCGAACCGUCGAAACAACGAACCGCAGACUCACUUGCUCCCCCGCCAGAGAUUGUUGCGAAUGUCCAGGGUUCUUCGGCUGGUGCGGGCUCCGGGGAAUUCCACGUCUACAAGGCGAGUCGCAGGAGGGAAUACGAGCGUCUGCGCUUGAUGCAGAGUGAGGUCGAGAAAGAGAAAGAGGAUAAGGAUUGGGAACAGAAGAGAGAAGAAGCGAGGCGGAAGGAUGAAGAGAAAACAGAGAAGAAUCGGAGGAGAAGAGAGAAGAGGAAUGCUGCGAAGAAGAAGAGCAAUAACAACAACAAUAACAAUAACAAAGAUCAGGAUGCUGCGGUCGCCAAUAAAGGGCCUAAUAGGAUGGCAGUUGAACAGGCAUUAAGGCGGACAGAAAACGGCCAAGGAGACGAGGAGGAUCAGGCGAUGCUCGUGGAUGGGGCCGAUCAGUCUACUGAAACACCAGGAGUGAUCAUUCACGAGGAUUGA